CGGAUUAAAGAUGGCGCCGUCUCAUGCACUGAGGUGCUGCAAACGGGCUCUGAACUGGAUACCUGUUCUGUUUAUUAACCUGGUUGUCGGCUGGUCUUAUUACGCCUAUGUUGUGGAGCUCUGUGUCUAUACAAUCCUCAAUAAUGCAGAACGGAUCAGCUAUUUGGUCAUCUUUCACAUUUUCUUCGCCAUGUUUAUAUGGUCCUACUGGAAAACUAUCUGGUCCAAACCAGCAAGCCCCUCAAAAGCGUUUGGUUUGCCCAGAGCAGAGAAGGAGCUGUUUGAGAGGGAGGAGCGAGCCGAGACGCAGCAAGAGAUUCUGAAGAAAGUGGCGAAGAAUUUACCCGUGUAUACCCGCACAGCAGGAGGAGCCGUCCGUUACUGCGACCACUGCCAGGUGAUCAAACCUGACCGCUGCCAUCACUGCUCAACCUGUGAGAUGUGUGUGCUGAAAAUGGACCAUCACUGCCCCUGGGUGAAUAACUGUGUGGGAUUCUCAAACUACAAAUACUUUGUGUUGUUCUUGGCCUACGCCGCACUCUACUGUGUGGUAAUUUGUGCUACAGUCAUCCAGUAUUUCCUCAAAUUCUGGACAAAACAGCUGCCGGACACACAUGCCAAAUUCCACAUCUUGUUUCUGUUCUUCGUGGCGGCCCUGUUCUUCAUCAGCGUCCUGUCACUACUCAGCUACCAUCUGUGGCUUGUGGGGAAGAACAGGACGACUAUAGAGGCUUUCAGGGCCCCCGUGUUCACUAACGGUCCAGACAAAAACGGGUUUUCUCUCGGCUUCAAGCGAAAUGCAGCUGAGGUAUUUGGAGACCAAGGGAAGUACUGGAUGUUUCCCGUUUCGUCAGGACUGGGAGAUGGACAUUCCUUUGUUACCAGAUUGGUACACAUAGAUCCUGAAAGAGCGAACGGUAUCCUUCAGCAAAAUGGAAAAAGCUCUGCCGAUGGGAAGCCCGACCCUUGUGUCCAUGGUAACAAUAUACAACACACAGCAGACAGCAGCAAAGGGAAUAUAGAGGGAGGACAGACAGACUCUGUGAAAGUGGAGAAUGAGCAAUAGCAGGUACAUUACAUCAGCAAACCAUGAUGCCUUAAACCAGGAGCAUCAGCACCUGUACAGGAGCCGUCCUCCACUUUCAUUGUGACAGUGCAAACCUCAAGCCACUUUGUUUUGUACGUACAUUUAUUUGACCAUCUUUCAUCCAGCGUGUUUUGAGCCAGCACCACAAGAACACUGAUAUCAUGUCAACAGGGACCUCGUAGACCGGAGCAGAUGUGAUUGGUCUUUGAUACGAGCCAAAGACUUUCAAAUAAGGUUUUGUUAUUAUUGCGCCUGAAGAAAAUAUUGGACUGCUUUUUUCCAUCUUGAGCCAAUUGAUUGUCCGUCUACAUGUACAGGCAUUAAUCCCGUAAUACAUUCCUACUAGAGAAUCAUUGUUUGUCAGUAUUAAUCAAGCAUUAAUUACUAAACAAGAGCAGAGGGGGCCACUAAUGCAAGAUGAACAUAAACCCUAGAAAAUGGGGAGACAUUGCAAUUAGUUAUUCCAGUAGUGUGUUACAGUUUACGUCAUCAAACUAUUUUAAAAGUCUCUCUUUUUACACUUUAACCAUAUUAUAUGUCAUUAUACUAUGGUCAGCAGACAAGCUUAAAUGUGUGGAAGAAAUCCAAUGGUUUAAACAACAACAACAAAAUGUCAUUGCACUAUAAAUAUUUGUUAUUUAUUUGUUGACAAGCUUUUUAUAAAUGAAUUGUUUUUGAAUGUCUAUUUAUUUUUAUUGUAAUGAAUUGUUUUAUUUUGUAUUUAUUUUUAAAUGGGCAUUUUCCUUUUCCUCAGAUGUUUUCAUGAUCAAUCCUUUGCUACGGUAUGUGUUUGUUUUAAGUUAAUCACUUUAAAUGCCAAUGAUUUAAAUAUGUCUCCUUUGUGGUUUUUCACAGGUAAUAGUUUUUUUUAAAAAUAUUUAUUUGUACGUUUAUAAGUAAGAGCACAAAAUGUAACCACUGUAAAACUGUACGAGGAUAAAGUCAGAAAGGUCCGUGACCUUGACCUGCUGUGUCCUUGAGUCUGAGCCAGGAUAGAUAAGACAGUGUAUAAUGAACGAGUUAAUUAGCGUCAUCAUGAAUGCUCCUCUCUGUGCUCCUGGCAGCUGUUUUAUUGUAUUACAUUCAAGUGGAAAUGAUGAGGUGUGCCUGAAUGAUCAGAAAAUAUGAAUGUGUAUAUGUUACUUCCUGGGUGCAUGUACUCACAGAAUCUAACUAACUGCACUGACUGACCUUUGAACUUCGCUUAAUGCACCAUCAAGCCGCAAAACCUACAGCAGUAAGGCCUGUGAGGAACGGUUCAGGCACGGCGACCUUCAAUGAUCUGUAACAAUAAACAUAAUGUCAGAAACUCAAA